AUGAAAAAGGAAAAAACAAAAAAGGGGAAUAGUGCUACGAGUUAUCAGGAUUAUGGUGCUGAUGAUCAGAUGAACAAUGACAGAAGUGGAGAUGUUUGUAUAGGUAAUUGUAAUUCGAAAGUUAGUAGUAAAAUGGAAGAAGGAGAUGAAAAUGUCACCACACGCGAUGUAAGUUGUACAAGUGAAUUAUACCCAUUUGAGGAAUUUCAAAAAAAGGAAAAUUUUGAUAACACAGAUCUGGAAACUGAUCUAAGGGAAACAAUAAAUAGAUCAAUGGAUAUAGAAACAAGUUGGGAAGAAUUUGAAAAGAAGGAGGAUGAAAUUCCCAGCUAUUGUAAUCAACAUAUGUUACAAGGAGGGGAAGAUGAAAUAAGUGAUAUAUCUACAGAUGAAAUGUUGAGCGGUAUGGAAAGUGACAGUGAUGUCUUGGAUGAUGCAAAGGAGUUAAGUAAAGAUGAAGAAUCAGUUUAUGAACACUUUAAUAGUGAUGAGAUAAGUGCAUUAUCAAGAGAAAUAUUAACUAAAGAAAAGCUCCUAGAAGAAACUAACAAAAAGAUAUGGAACCUAAAGAAUCGAUUCAGCAAAAUUGAAAAAUAUAUAAAUAAUAAAAAAAAGCAAAUAACAAAAACGAAGAAAAUGAUUGAAGAAAAAAGUAAAACAGAAGCAGAAGAAAGAGGUAUAUGUCAAAAUAUUCAAGUGAAGAACGAUUUUUUAGAAAGAGAAAAUGAAAAAUUAAAAUUGGAAAGAGAAAAAAAUAAUGAAAAAAUAGUAAAAACACAGAAUGAUUUACUGCAGUGUGAUAACAAUAUUGAAGAAAUAAAAAAAAAAUUAAUUAAUAAAGAAAAGGAAUUAAAAGAAUGGAUAGAUAAAAUUAAUAAACUACAAAAGGAAGAAUUUGAGAUAGAAAAAUUUACCCUGUCAAAAGAUAAAGAAAUUAAAAACUUAACUUACAAAUUAGAGAAGCUAUGUCUAGAAAGAGUAGAACAAGAAAAAAAAGUUAGUGCAAUUAAAACGAAAAACAUGCAAUUAAGUAUGGAAUUACAAGCAAGCGUAAGAAGAAAUGAAGAAAUGGAAGAAGAAAAAAAAAACCUUCAAAUAAAGUGGAAAUGCAUUGUAGACACUAUAAAUAAUAGGGAUCAAACGAUAUACAAAUUUGAAGAGGAAUUUCAAAAAUAUCUAAAAAAAAAAGAAAAGUUAACACAGAAAUAUGCAUCUAUAAAUCAACAUAUAGACGCACAGAAAAUGAAAAAUAAUGAAUUGAAUGACAAAAUAAAAAGAGAAGAAAUGUAUUUAAACAAAUUACAGAAUGACAGAACCAAGGUAGAGGAUGCAUACAAAAGGGUUCAUGAUGAAAGGGAUAUUUUGUUUAAAGACUUGGAAUGUGAAAAAAUCGCAUCUAAGGAAAAAUUUGAAGAAAAAAAAAAUCUCCAAAUCAGUUUGGACGAUUUAGAAAAGACAUAUGAAAAGCUCAUUACAUCAUAUGAGGAAUCCAAAAAGGAACAAAUGAAGGAAGAGCUAAAUAAUGUGGAAAAGAAUAAAUUAAUAAAAUCUAACGAACAGAUACUAAAAGAAGAAAACAAAUUAGCAAAACUGAAUACAGAAAUAAAAGCAUUAGAUGAAGAGAAAUUUCGAUUAUAUGAAAUUUUAAAGAAAAGUAAAAAUGAUUAUAUUGCCCUGGAAUCAGAUAUGGUAGGAACACAAAUAAAAAUUAAGCAAAUUAAAAAUAACAUUAAAAAAACUGAACAAGAAUUGGAGAGACAAAAGGAAAUUUUAUAUAAAUUUGAUUUCCAAACACAAGUACUAACUAAAAAACUUAAUGUCGCAUCUGGAAUUAGCACCUUUGAAACAAAAAAAAAAAGUCAAAAGAAAAUAAUUACUUUAGAAAAAGAGCUCAAUAAAUAUGAGGAAAUAUAUAUUACUCUGAAUAACGAAAUUAAACGCAUUAACAUUGAAUUAAAAAAUAUAAAAACUCAUCAAACAUGUUUGAUAGAAGAAAAAUGCAACAUUCAUCAAGAGAUAGAAAACUUAGAACUUGAAAUUAAGUCCUUAGAAAGUGCGGUAUCAAAUCAAAAUAAAGAAAAAGAAAACGUCAUGCUCAUUGAAAUGAAUGUAAAAAUAGAGUUAGCCAAAAUAAAGGAAAUAUUUUCGAAAAAUUUAAAUAAUUUAAAUCUUUUAAGAAAAAAGAAAAAAGAAAAUUUCAAAAAUGAAAAAUUAAGUGAACAAGAUAUGAAUGCACAUGUUGAAUCCCUCAAAGCUAUUAUAAAAAAUAUGAAGGAUGAAAUUCAUAAAUUAAAUAUUCAUGUCUAUGAUAAAAAAAGUAAAUGCAACAAUUUGGAGCUCAAAUUAGAUGCUAUAAAUGUUAUCAGUAGGGAAGAAAAAGAGAAUGAACAAGAGUGCAACAACGAUAUAAGCAUUGCCAACCACCCGUAUGCACAAGGAGGUAAAGAAAUUCUUUAUAAAAUUAAAAUAGAAGAAGAUAUUACCAAGUUGAAGAAAGAAAUAAAGACGAUAGAUGAAGAAAUUGAAAGGGGAAAUGAACAAAUAUGCAAAUUUCAAAAAACUUUAAAUGAUAUUAUUCAAACGAAUAAAUCCUUCAGUGAUAACAUAAAAUGCAUAGACCCUCAAUAUAAAUUAUUUUUGAAAAAAAAAAACAAGUUAAACAAAAAAAUGAACGAAAUCAAGGAGGAAAUAUCAUUUAUGGAGAAAGAAAUAAAUGAAUAUAAAAAAAAAAUAAGCGUGGUAGAAAAUCAGCUAAACACUACUCUAAUGGAAACCAAAAGUGUGGAAGACAAAGUAACUCUUUUGAAAGAAAAUUGUUCCAAAAUGGAAGUAUCCAUCAACGAAAUAUUCGUAAAAAUUAAAAGAUCAUCCGAUCAGCUGAAGGGUCUCCUGGGUGCAGAAAAAAAGAUGUUCAAGAACCAUUCAGCUGGGGUUCAGAGUACAGACCAUGGAGAAGUUUCUGAAAUGGGUGAUGAAUCAUCUCUUGAAGGAAAAUCAAAUAAUCAUUCAGAAAAUGUUACACUGGAAAAGAAAAUUUUUAAACAAAUACAAAUGGAAUCAUUAAAGGAGAAGAUAGACCUUCUCUUAGAAUGCUUCAAAAAUUAUGGAGAUAACACAGUAGUUGAGCAGAUUUAUCAUGUUAUAGAGGCUUCUGAAUAA